GUGAUGGAGAACCUCACAACUCCUCCAGCCUGGACCAGGGUCACCAACAGCUCCUUGGAGCCGGGUGGCACAGACGACAACCCCUACAAGUGCGUGUUUGACGAGGACUUCAAAUACGUCCUGCUGCCCGUCUCCUACGGCAUCGUGUGCGUGGUGGGGCUCUUCCUCAACCUGCUGGCCCUCUACGCCUUCAUCUUCAGGAUCAAGACCUGGAACGCCUCCACCACCUAUAUGUUCAACCUGGCCAUAAGCGACACGCUCUACGUGGUGUCCCUGCCCCUCCUGGUCUACUACUACGCCAUGGGGGACAACUGGCCCUUCAGCGCGGGGCUGUGCAAGCUCGUGCGCUUCCUCUUCUACACCAACCUCUACUGCAGCAUCCUCUUCCUGCUCUGCAUCAGCAUCCACCGCUUCCUGGGCAUCUGCUACCCGCUCAAGUCGCUGCGCUGGGGCCACGUGCGCCACGCGCGCAAGGUCUCGGCGGCCGUGUGGCUGGUGACCGUGGCAUGCCAGUGCCCCGUGCUCUUCUUCGUCACCACCAGCGCCAAGGGCGACGCCAUCACCUGCCACGACACCUCCAGCAAGGAGCUCUUCGGGCAGUUCGUCAUUUACAGCUCGGUGAUGCUGGUGCUGCUCUUCUGCAUCCCCUUCCUCAUCAUCAUCGUCUGCUACUGCCUGAUGGCGCGGCGGCUGCUCCAGCCCACCCGGGGCAUUUCCCGCCUGUCCCGCUCCAAGAAGAAGUCGGUGAAGAUGAUCAUCAUCGUCCUGGUGGUCUUCAUUGUUUGUUUUCUUCCUUUCCACGUCACCCGUACCUUGUACUACUCCUUCCGGAGCUGGGACCUGAGCUGCCAGACCCUCAACGCCAUCAACCUGGCAUACAAGGUGACUCGUCCCCUGGCCAGCACCAACAGCUGCUUGGAUCCCAUUUUGUAUUUCUUAGCAGGGCAACGAUUUAUGAGGUUUGCGGGCAACAAAGUGCCGUGGAAGCCUCAGAACGAGGUGGCUCUGGGCACGGUGCCCAACAGUCACCUGGGAACCAGCAGCGACACGGACACACAGCUCUCCAAGGAUCUGAAAUCCUAGCUCUGCCCCGCAGCAGGAGGGUUUGUCCUGGCUCUGAAGGGAGGACAGGAUGCUCUGGGGCCCGAGGCUUUGGGUGUUUGGGGUGCCUGGGCUUGCCCCCGCUCCGGCGUGGUCCGUGUCAAACGCGCUGCUCUGCUUGUUUUGCUGUACUUUUUUCAGGAAGGUGCAGCUGUGG